AUGAAGAGAAAAUAUAAUAAAAAAUAAUCACAAAUAAAUAAAUAAAAAGGUCAAUCAGUUGUAAAUUAAAAUAUAUGCUUAAUUAGAAUAAGUAGAAGAUAAAUAAUUAAAAAAGUUAAAAAAAUCAAAAGAUGUUGGUUUAUUAACGGAAACAGAGUAAUUGGGAAUUAUAAAUUGAUGUGGGUUAAGAAAUAAAUAAAUAUAAUUUAUAAUAAUAAACCAUCAAUUUUGAGAGCUAAUUUAAAGAUUAUGAUGAAUUUUUUUAAUAAAGAUUGACUUCAAUUUAUUGUGUUCUCGUAUUAAACAGAUAAAAUUAUUAAGGAAUUAGAUUGUUUAUUAAAAAAAUAAAAUUUUAAAACCAUAUAUUGAAAAGUAUUUUAAAUUGGUUCCAUGCAAGGAACAGUUGA